GACAAUAUGAAAAAAUACAUUGUGAUAAUUGUUUUGCGAUAUUGCCCAGCCCUACCUUGAUUGCAGCAUUGAUUGAGAACAUGCCCUUACAAAAGAAUAUAAAGAUGUUUAAAAGUAUUUGUCCAUAAGCAGCAGUUUUAACUUUAUCUUCUAAACUUUUAAAGUACAGAAGAAUGAACUGACAGUGAAUCUCAGGGUUAAUUCGGCUUAUCUGCAAGCAAGGGAUUACAAUGUGACUUUUGGCUUAGGUAUCAAUCCCCUAGCUUGCAGUUAAGAUACUUUAUCUACGUUGUGGUGUUUAAGUUAAACACAUAACAUUGUCCCUAAAAGAGAGUUCAGCAUCGACUGUUUGUGGUAAUUCUGCAGACCAGGGAAAUAUAAGGUGUGGUGUGUGGUCGUCUGAGCUCAGGUAUGUGUUUGUAGCUUACCACUGCUUGCUGUCUGAUCUCAAAAUAGGGAUUUCUCAUGAAAGAGGGGGAGUGCAGUGAGCGGGUCACUUUACUUUAUAAUAUGCUGAUUGUAAGAUGGAGAAUUCCUAAUUUAAAAAGGAUGUGAUUGCUAUUUUCUCGUGGUGUUUUGACCAAAGCGUGCCGAGCAGAUAUUUUAUUAAGACAUUGUGGAAUUGUGUCAGCCUUUGGCAAAAUGACAUGAUAUGUUUCCUUUAAUAUUUGAUUCAUUUGUCAUUAGGAUAUAAAAUAUAUUGCAUCUUUCCCCACUGACUGAAUCAUGUAAAUAUGCAUCAAUGCCAGCUCUUUCAGUGUACACUUAAGAAAUGAGUAAAACUCACUGUAUAUUGUCGUAAAACCAAAUUACUAACAGCUGUGUAACUCUGUAACCGAUUUUCCCUUUCUGAUCAUGUUUACGCAUUGCAAGAGACUCCCGGGGCCCAUGAUUCAGUGCAUAAUGCCACUGCUGGCUUCUGUUCCCAUUGGCCUGGCCUGGAAAUGACUCAUCUUCAGCCCUGGGUUCAGAACCAGACAAUAAUUACAUUUCAUGGUUAUCCAUGGGAUUUGGUUUUAUGAUAAGCAAGACUGUCAACGCAUAGCCCAGAGAAUGAGAAUUCUGACGCAGCAGGAGCAGGUCCUGGCUCAGUCCCAAGGUGGUUGGUUGUCUCCAGUUGCAGCAAGAGAAGUAGCUGCUGGUGGAGAAGGAAGAAAAGUAGGAAAUAGUGAGGCAAAGGCAGUGGACAUCAUCCAGAUGUUGACCAAAGCACGCACAGAGUAUGACAAGGAAAAGGGCACCUCAGAGCCAAAGGAGAUUGGUGGCAUCAGUGCCCUGUGUGGAAACCCUAACCUGAUCAAACCAAUACCAGUUAAACCAAACACUCAGGAUAUUGAAGGUGCAGAGCCCAAGGCUCUCUCUUUGGCAACUCUCUUUGGCCCUCGGCAUCAACAUCACCAUCACCAGUCCUCUAACCCUGUCCCUCCUGUGGCUGCUCCCACAUCGACAGGGACAGUUUCUCGCCCACCUGUAGCCCGCACACUGACCUACGAUGACACUGUAAACUCAGACAGAAGUGUUCCCACUGCUGGAGGACAUGCAGCCCUCACUGGAAGUUUAGAUGACGGUGUCAGGCCAAUCGCUGGUGAAGAGAGCAGAACUGAUGUCAUCAUACAGCAGACCCCCAACACUGAGAAUCAGGAACAAGCAAACCAGCCGCAGCACUGCCCAGCCAUCGCGAAGCUCAUGCAGGGACAGAAGGGUGUCGGGGGAGUGCUUCAGACUGUGUCCGAGUCCCCCGAAAACCGGCUGUGUGACAACGGGAUGCCACUCGAACAUCACCACCACCAUCACCAUAUGUAUCAUCAUCACCAUCAGCAGCACCACUAUCAUCACCACCACCAGCAGCAGCUUCAGCAGCUUCAGCCUGACCCAAUAAAGAGACUUUUGCAAACCCAUCCACCUCCUCCACUUGCCACCUCCUUUUCCUCUACUGCUUCUCCCUUUUGCUCCAACCCUCCUGCUCUGCAAGAGAACCCUCAGCUCUCCUCCAAACCUACAAUCUCAGACUCUGCGUCAUGCUCCCACCUUCAAGCACAACAAGACCAGCAACUGCUUUUCAGCCUUUUGAAAUCUCAGACAGAAGCACAGCACAAGAGCCAGAUGGCUUCAUCUGCGCUGGGAACAGGUCUGUCUUCCCAAAUGCAAGGUGUGGUGUCACCUCACGAGCUCCUAACCAAACUCCAGUUGGUCCAGCAGGAGCAAGGCAUGAGUUCUCAUGAUCCACCUCGACCAUAUCCAGGACUGGCACCUCGAUUCCUGGGGUCGAAUAAAAAUCAGGGUGCUAGCUCAUCUUUAGGCACACUCCCAUCCCCGACUGCAGCCACCACAGGGCAAAAAGCUGCACUCCAGUUUCAGGUCAUCUCCCCCCAGCGGAUACCAGCUACCGUGGCACCCACUCUGCUUCUUUCUCCCAGUGUGUUUACUCAGACAAAGGCUAGCGGUGGGCUGUCAGCGGUUGCUCAGGAGAGCUGCCCUCCUCCCUCAACUUUGUCCAGACCUUCGCUUCAGAAAGAGAUCACUGUCCUCUCCAGAAGCCAGCUUCAAGCCACUCUGCUGCAUCUGAUCCAGACUGACAGCUCAUUCCUGGACUCCAUCUAUGAGGCAUACAUCAGCCGCUUUGCUAACAGCUCCAGCAGCAAGUACUGAAGACUGUUUCAACAUGGUCUCUUUCCAAAGACAUAAUUGAUAUGAAUGUAUCAUCUCUUCAUCUGUAACAAACUCACAGUAUCGCUUCUGCACAGUCAGCCUGUUUCCUCUUAGCCAAGAGUGUAGUUGCAGAACAAAAAAAUAAAUAAUUAAUUCUAAAUAUAUUUUUCCAUAGAAGAAAUACUUUUUUAUUGUUUCAUUUCAUCCUGAAUCUCACAUGUAGUUUUGAGGAAAAUGUAGCUUCACUGUCACAAUUUUUCCAACAUGUUUAUAAUGUAAAUGGAAACAUGCAGCAUUUAGUUUUUAUCCUAUUACUCCUCCCCUCUAGCACCAGCAAACAUUCACACUCAAGUCUUCCCAGUCUUUCAAGGAAUGCCCAAACUUGAUUUGAGAUAUUUUAUGUUGUUACACACAAGGCUUAAAAGAUUAAAUGUCAUGUUGUCAGUUUUUCUUUAUUACCAUCAGAAAUCAGCUGUGAGAAAUAUCAGCAUGUUGACUUUUGUUUGUAAAAUUUGUGGAUGUAAUUGAAGGUGAGUGAGGCUGCAGCAGGAGUUUACCAUCUUUUUUAUGAUGUGUAUCACUUUUCAGGUGUCUUGGAGAGGAAUUUACUUUGACAACAUAAUCAGUGCUUUGUUAGUUUAAUUCCUUCUCUUCUGUUCAGAUGGAGAAAGAAAAGGAUUCUGUAUUGACCCAGCAUGAAAAGAUGAGAAAUAUAAAGAAAACUGUCAACCGACGCUACCUCGCAGACAGCUAAAUUGGGGGUGUACCUUUGUUUUUAUCAAAUUGCAUUACACUUUUAAAGUUAAGAUAAUCUUUAUCCAAAGGGAUUUCAUGGUCACUUGGAUUUAAAGAUUUUUUUAAUCAAUGGUAGUUCUUUAAAACAAACAGCAUAUAGAAAUCCCUGGGCAUGAUCAAUAUUUUUAUUUUAAUUACAUUAAUAGCAGAAAAUCCCAGUAAAAUUGGUUAUAAUUCUUACACAAAAUAUAAAAUACCUGUUUAAAAGAAAAAGUUUACAGUUCUCAGGCCUUUUAAAAAAUCAAUCAAAGGGAAGCAGCAGCAUUUAAAAUGUAAUUUUUCACUCAGUGUCAUUCAGCUCAGCAGGAAAGUUGUUUUUUUUUUUGUUUUUUUUUAGAAAGAACCUAAAUUUUCCCUGUUUUGAAGUUUGUGCUUUCCUUGUGGACUAAACUUGUGCAUAGCCAGUCUGUACAGUAGCAACCAGACACCAGCAGCAUCAACAACGAAACACAGAAUAUAUUUAAUGAAAAAAGCAAGCAUUUGUGCCUAUUUUUGUACAAAAAAAAUGGCUUAAAAUAAUACAAAUAAACACCAUGUUGAAAUUAAAGAUGAAUAAUUUUAUUUUAAAAUGUUUUCAACCUGUUUGUUUUGAUUCUGAAUAUCUCAUCCAGACAGUUUCUCAGACAUAAGAAAACUUAUUAGAAACAUUUCUACCCAACUUUUCUCUUUUUGUGUAGAACUUUCUGCUAUUACAUAAACUGGAAUAUGUAUUCGAACUGGCUAUUAAAUGUUGUAAAACCA